AUGUCGGAGAAAACCAAUAUUCCAACACCUUUAUGGUCACCAGCCUUACCCGAGCACAGAGCGGUAACAGGUUUCCAUCGCCGACAUACCUCUCUCGUGCCUGCAUCCCCACGUGAGACCUCCCGGUCACGAUGUAGUACUUCCUCAGAACCCGAUUCGGAAGCAUCUGGUCCCAAACCACAAGGAGUGACAUGGAUGUCACUGCCGCGAAAAGACCAAUUAGCCAUCCUUUUUUUCUCUAGAUUGGUAGACUUCUUACAAGUUGCUUCGCUGCAAGCUUAUAUGUUCUAUCAGUUGAAGAGUUUUGAUCCAGGGUUGUCUAAUGCUGCUAUUUCGUCCCAGGCGGGAAUAUUGCAAGGGUGUUUUACUGGAGCUCAGGUUUGUACUGCGGUACUAUGGGGUAAGGCGGCUGAUACCUGGGGGAGGAAGAUGGUUCUCAUGAUUGGAUUGGUUGGAACGGCAAUAUCAUGCAUGGGAUAUGGAUUCUCAACGACGUUUUGGCAAGCAGCUCUAUUUCGAGCCUUUGGUGGUGCUAUCAACGGUACUGUUGGAAUAAUACGUACCAUGGUUGCGGAGUUUACUAAAGAGAAGAAAUAUCAAUCUCGAGCAUUUUUGAUCUUACCUAUGAGUUUUAACGUGGCUGGCAUAUUGGGUCCAGUCAUGGGUGGAUUACUUGCAGAUCCAGCAAUGACACUCCCCGGUCUUUUUGGGGACCAAGCCGCAUUCGGUUUCGAGUGGCUUCAAUCAUAUCCCUAUGCUCUUCCCGGUAUCCUCAAUGCCGUCUUCCUAGCAACUACCGGCGCCAUCGUGUUCCUGGGGCUAGAAGAAACUCUUCCUUCAGCACGUGGCCAAUUUGACUAUGGAAUUAAUCUUAUGAAUCGAAUUAAACAAUCGAUAGGCUUUGGAACCCUCGUUGCUCCUAUCGACUACUCUCAUCUCGAGAUCUCAACUGAUAACCUCGAUACGUUCGAACCCAAAUCAGUAACUCAUCCCACCGUAAAUAAGUUACCCUUCAGUCGCAUCUGGACCAAGAAUGUAAUCUUCACCCUCAUCACCGGCGCCUUCUUCGAUUUCCAUCUUGGAGCCUUCACAAAUAUUUGGUCGCUCUUCCUGUCCACCCCUCGACCUACCUCCGCCGAUUCACGAUCUCUCCCUUUUGUAUUUACGGGCGGUCUCGGUAUGCCUGCUGCCACCGUCGGUUUCGCAACUUCGAUUCUGGGCGUCUUGGGCAUGGCUCUACAAGUCCUACUUUAUCCGCCUAUACACGCAAGACUUGGUACUCUCCUUUGUUUUAGAUUUUUCUUGAUCCUAUUCCCCGUCGCUUAUUUUUUUGCUCCAUAUUUAGCCGUAUUGCCGUCUAGCACCUCAGCGCCAGAGCCGGCCGCCAGACCUGCUAUUUGGGUUGGCAUUUUCCUUGUGCUUUUACUUGCUGUUUCGGCAAGAACAUUUACUCUUCCCGCUACAAUUAUCUUGUUGAAUAAUUGCUCGCCUCAUCCUUCUGUUCUGGGCACGAUACAUGGGAUUGGGCAAUCGGUAUCGGCUGGUUUUCGCACGGUGGGACCAGUGGUGGGUGGAAUCUGGUAUGGACAGGGACUGGAAAAGGGGAUGGUGGGAUGGGCUUGGUGGGAGACGGCCGUGGUGGCUGCGGCGGGGUGUGUAACGGCUAUGUGGGUUUAUGAAGGGAGUGGACAUGAGAUAUUCUUAGAAGGGGAGGAAGAGGAAGAGAGUGAGGAGAUGGAGAUGCAUGGGUUGAUUAGGGAAGGACAAAGGAAUAGAGGCGACGGGGCCUUGUCUGAGAGGCAGGGGUUGAUGGGACUGAUGGGCGGGAGUACCAGCUUGGAUUUGAGAGACUUGGUGGAUGAUGAGGUAGAACGGGGAAAUAUGGCGGGAAGUAGUACGGCUAGUGGAAGCAUUGGGAUGAGGUAA